AUGGAGGCUGGCGGAGGCGACGCGGCCGUUCAGGAGUCCGUAUGUCAGCAGCCAGAAGACCUGCAAGUUUACAUGGCUUCCGGUGCAAAAGUCCUUGAAAUGCAGUUCGUCGAGUUCGUGGAGAUGUGCCGCGCCCGGCGUGUUGAACAAACUGCCUUGGAACUCAAGCGUUGCCUACAGCGCCGGCGCGGGCUGUCAAGGUUUCGGCAGCAGCUGAUAGGCCCGGAUGGCGAGAUCUUGCAGAACGGUGCCAGGUUGGACGGGCCAAUGGACAUCCAGCUUGCUCUGUGGUCGUUUGAAGAGAGCUCCGGGGAGCAGAUCCACCAGCUCUGUGAGCUUGCCAUAUAUGCCAAUUCUCGUGGGGUAGAAGAACUCUUGAGCAAACCGUUGGAUCCCAAUUUGACAUCGGAGUUCCAUGGGGCGAGUGCGCUGGCCUGCGCAUGCAAUCGUCCUAACAGCCGCAAGGUUGUGGAUCUGCUGCUGGAGGCCUUGGCUGACCCGAACACCCUUGACGGUCAAGACAGAACUCCCAUGUUUAUCGCAGUGAUGAUGAGAGACACGGGAACCAUCGUGAAGUUGUUGGGGGCCAAGGCUGACCCGGACAAGACGUCGUUCAACACCGGCUGCAGACCGCCUCGCCGCACUCCGUUGCUGUUGGCUGCUUCAAUGGGCUCCGCGUACGUAGUUCGCCUGCUGCUGGAGGCGAAGGCUGACAAAGACAAGCCAGAGACCUCGGGAAGCACCCCCAUUUCGGUUGCCCGUGAGAAGGGGCAUGCGAAAGUGGUCCAGCUACUGCAAUGA